AUGGCGGAAAUUCUAACGCGAAAUAAGGAUUUUUUGAGCAAUAAUGUUGUUUUCUACAACAAUCUUAUUAUUCACCAGCAUCCGACCUUAUUAUUCAAUGAAACUAAUACGCAAAUUUCAAAAAGAAUCAUUACCUAUGUCAAGGCCUACACUCACAUCUCCAAGCGGAUCAAAGUGAUGUUCGAUAGAUCUAUGGAACAAAACUUGAAGGAAAAACUGAGGGAUGAAAUAAGAGGGACGGAGGAGAGCAAGAAAGAAGAAAAAUAUCCCAUUUUUGAGUCUCAUAAGCAGAAGUACUUCCAGAAAAUAGCGUCCGAACUGAGAUCGUAUGGAGAAGAGAUUGGUAAAACGAUUUUCGUUGUGACGAAAGAGUUUGACGUAAAAAGGCAAAUGGAGAAGCAAGGGGUUCGUCCGGACAUCGUUAUUUUCCUGUCGAAAAAUGAUGUAGGCUAUUCAACUGAGAAGAAAGCCGAAAUCGUCUUGCCUGUGAUCGAAAAAUGCAAAAGACAUCGAAGCGUCCCUGAGUUCACCGGUGCGAAAGAGCGACUGCGGGAUCUUUUCGGAACAACUAGGCAAGACAUCGCCGCGCUCUUCCAGCAUCACGAAUUUAGUCAUCACGAGACAGAAACAUCUUAUUCCUAUUAUCGCAACUGUAAAGAUGAAGACCAUGAGUUCGUCAAACUGAUCGACGACUCUCCUGGUGAAGUGACUGUUGAACCGCAUGAUGAUUACAUGGUCCAUAAGGCGGAUGAGAUACUGGGCGAUUGCUUAAAAAUCUUGGACAACUUCGGUACAUACGGUUUGAUCAGAUGGUUUCCAGACUUGCAACUGCGACUUACUCUUCUUGCAACGAGCUACAAUAAUUCUCAACUGGUGAAUAAGAUAGAAACGAACAUGAUGGUCAAUACUAUUUACGAAAUGGUGUUGACGACUUUCUUUUCUUGCAAAGCGAUCAUUUCCGAGCUUGAUGAAAUCGAAGAGAAAGAGUGUUUGCUAAGCGACAGGCUCUGGAUGUUUCUAUGGAACCUUCGGGAACGCUUCAACCCUCCUAAAGAGAAUCUUGAGAUGGAUCGAGCGUCCGAUCAUGAUGAUUCGGAAAAAGAGCCUGAUUCUGAUUAUGAAAGAAGAAAGAGGGAAUGCGAACUGGAUGAGUUCCACGAUAAUGCUGACGAUGAUCUACCAGCUUGGUUAAGUCAAUUUGAUGUAAAAAAGAUCAAGAAGCCUGUUGAAAGUAAAAGUGCGUACAAUCCAUACGAAAAGCCAGUAGAAGAACUCGUUGGGGAAGGAUUUGGCAAGUACAUCGUCAGCUUCAACAGCGAAGUCCUGUGCUAUUCGUUUCAGAUGGCCUUGAAGCUCAUGACGGAGCGGGAGUUCCCCCUUUUCGCAUGCAUCAUUCCCUUCUUCCAUGAUUCUAAGAUGUUCCAACUCGGCACGCCUUUCAAAUCUUCAAUGAGAAAUCCACGACUUGUAGACGAGAUCAACGAAAAGGUGUUUGCGAAGAGAGACAAAGAUUAUGCGAAGACGAUGAAAGAAAGUUUGGAGUUCUUCAUGGAUAGCAAAAAUCGCUCAGGGUUGUUGAUCACGACUUCUAGCGUUCCGAACUACGUAAUUGAAGGGAUUGUCACACAGGGAAAGUGUCCGAUCAGCCUUGGCUAUCGUUUCGAAGAGCCGAGUGCAGAUUUCUUUGACCUCCCGGUUAGAGAUGGCAUGAUACAACUUGUUGUCGACCUAAGUACUCAUGACAAGUUCAAUGAGGUUAGAAAAGAAGUCGAGCGAUUUAGUUCUGGUGGCUGCAAAGAACCUGAAAUUAAAAGUAAGAGUGACAUCUUUACUGAUCCGCUUGAGUCGUCGGAAACAAGAAUCGAAAAAGCGGACGAAGGAAUAAUGGAUGGAUUUCCCGACGAUAAAACGGCGAAAGAAAUUCUAAGAGAUGUUGUCAGUAAAGUUUGCAUUCCGGAUAUUUUCGCGAAAUUACAAGUCAACACAGCGAAGGAUGGAAAUGGAGGGUGGAUGGCUACCGCUGGAUUUCCAUUUGACUUCCCAGUGUCCAAGAAGGUUAUGAUAAGUGACACCUUUCAAAACGAAGAAGAUGCGGUUGAGAAUGUGUGCAAAAUUGCCCUCACAAGGUUCAAGAAAGAGAAUCCUAAUGAUUUCUUCCUCUUGAAAAAUCCGAGAACCGAGGUUGAGGAAAAACGCGAAAAGUAUCAUACAAGAGGUCCAAGAGAAUUCGAGCCUGAUCUACCCGAGCAUCCUUUCCAUGAGAGCGAAAAUUUCAAGAGCAAGUACUCAAUUAAAAACGACAAGCAAUACCGACGAAUUUUCCCAGAAUGUCUUCAAGGAGGCCAAAUUGAACCUGGCAAGCCUUGUUACCUUUAUUUAGUCAGUAUCAGCAAGACAAGACGCUACUGCGAUAACUUCAACAUCAAAAAUUCGUCGGAAGCGUCUUUUCCUCACGAUUUUAGCGAUCAGGCCUUUGGCAUUCUUGUUGCCAAGCCGAUAGUUUCGGUUGCGCCAUUUUCAGUAUAUCAUCCGAAGAAGCAAAAAACCACAUACGCCCUUGAUGUUGAAGUGACCCUACUCAGAUCGAUGCUUGUUUUCGACGAAGUGGAAUUGAGUCAAUUGAAACAUUUCUACAGAAAUAUUACAGAACUACACAAUGGAUUAGGAGAAGAUUGUUUACAAGCUAGCGACGUUCUGAUGACACUUGAAAAGAAGCGAGAUCUUCAAAAAGAGAUGAGCAAGGAAUCGAAAAAGUUCACUUCUGGUUGGGGCAAUGCCGAGAAGCGUGUUCCGGAAUACUGGGAGUUGAAACAGUGGGUAAGACAAGGUGAAGUGCAGUUGCUGUAUGUUCCACUUGCGAAGCGCCAGCUCCCAUGGCAUGGUUUUGACAUUGACUGGUUUACAAUUACCGAGAUGGAGGUCUUUGAAAGUAGGUGCAUGCAUAUAAUCAGAGCGAGACGCGAAAAUCACGCCAAAAAAGAUGCAGAAAUGAACAGAUUAAUCAAUCAGAGAAGACAACUCACACCGCAGAAAGAUGAGAAUGGAGAGCCAACUGCAGAAUGGGAAGCGUAUACGACAAAAAUUAUAAGGUUGAGAGAAAAUCUCAAUUUAUUGAACGAUGCAAAUCUUGAAUCCAGUAAGACUGGUCCUGCUCCACAUCCUUUAAUACCCAAAAGAAGCGGGAAGGCGAUCAGGAAGAGACACGAAGAAAAGAUCCAAGAGAAGCACUGGGACAAGCAGCGUGUCUGGUAUGAACCGUAUAUGAAGGCAGAUGCAGGAUUUGGCUUCGGUAUCAUUCAAUCAACGAAACAAGAGCAGUUCAUUGUUGGGCGGGAGUUACACUGGCGACAGGAGGUGGAAGAGGCUACCUUUUACUACGGCAAUAAAAUAAUAAAAGCACCUCAAUUGAUACAAGAAUCAGAAUACGCUUGGCGACGUCCAGUCAAAGAACUAUUCAAAGACUACAGCAAACAUAUGGACCCAAGAAUUCCACGAGUUCCAGAGCCAACUAAGAAAAGACGCUUCUACGGCGAGCUUUACAAGACAUUCGAUAGACAAGAUCACAAUGUCCGGAUUCUUAAUCGAAAAUCCGUUUCCGACAAUACUCCUGACUCGUUGAUCUGGCAACCCACGUGCGACAAGUUCUAUCUGACUGUAGAAUUCUCGAAUAAAGAUGGUACAAUGAAGGAUACAAGUUUGAAAGAGCCCAUUCCAUACGGCGAUUAUCAUAAGAGGAUAAAGCCUGAGUUCAACGCAAAGGGAAAACUUGUGAAGAUCAGCGACCCCUUCAAUAAUUCAAGGCAAACGAUGAUCACAAGACACGCUCCAGAAGGUGGCAAAAAGCAAACAAAAUUCCUUUUCAUGGAGCAUAUUGAGUAUCACUUCCUUCCAAAGAACCUGUUUAUUCAAGCAGCGAAAUUGCCUGGAAUCACGGUUCGUCUCAUUCAAUUGCUAAAUGCCGAGGAACUUCGUGUCAAAUUCGCGAAAGAGUACAACGGUAGGGUUUUUCCGACUCUCGAUGAAGGAAACAAUCAUAGCAAGCCUGGACUAUCACCACUACAAGUUUACAAGAUGCUAACCAAAUCACCUCUUACUACGUACAAAACGACUUCUAUCAAGAGAUUCAAAGGCCUGGUCGAAGGAACUGAAGCCAGACAUGAUACCUUCCUCUUCACAAAUCUGCCUCCCACAGCCGCUCCUUCUGGAUAUGUCGCAAGAGAUGAUGAAUUUACUGGUGACUCGAAAGAAGGGACUGACUAUUCCUACAAGAAGAUCAAGAUAUCCGAGAAAAAACUUCCUGCUCCAACAGAUCAAGAAAAGUUCCUGAAACUUUUCGACUCACUUGGUCCAGUUUAUCCUCCGCCAGUCUUCGGUGAGAAAGCUUUUUAUCUCCCGCCACAUGUAGAUAAAAUCGUUGAUCACAAGGUCCUAUCAAUUCCACAGAAGCAGGAAAAUCUUGAUUUUGGUUUACUCAGCAACACGAUCAACUGCCAAGAAAAACAAGCAUGGUAUUUAAAACGCGUCAAUCCGAAGAAAACUCCUCCUCGGUACACGGAAAUAUCUUGCUGGUCAAAACCCUCAUCAGAAGAGUUUUCGGACAAGGAUCAUUUCGACCGGGAAAUCGAGUGGUACGGCGAAAAGGAGCUAGAACUGUUCGGAAAACAGCAAGUGGAGCACCCUGGCACUUUCAUUCCUUGGUAUAAAGAUGGAAAGACACCUGGAAUCGUCGAUGAAUCAUUGAAGCUCUUCAAAUCAUUUGGAAAAUUCAAUGAAAACAAAAAAGAAGGCGAGGCGAGGGAAGAAGCAUAUGAAAGUCUUGUGCAGCAGGCGAUCAAUCGAUUAGUAAUUCAAAGUCACUGCAAAGACUGGUUUUCACUCAUUCAAAAAGAUGCGGCAAUAUUCACGGCAGAGUGCGAAACAGAUACAGAUUCUGAAGAGACAAAUACUGUUCUGUCCUUGAAGAAUGAGAGCGAAGACCAGCUGAAGAUCCACAAAUGUUUUGAGAGAAUCGAGCGAAAAGCUACCGACCCACCGAUUGACUUUAUCACUCGCGAGUGUUUCGCUCCUCCUCCAUCCCUUCUUCUACGCGCACUUACUCAACGAACCGCAAAUGACUUUUUCAAUCUUGAGCGACUCGAGUUUUUCGGCGAUUCAUUCAUUAAAAUCGCCUGUACUCGUGUUCUUUACGAGAAGUACAGUUAUUUUACAGAUGGAGAACUGACGAGCGCCCGUGGAGCAUAUAUUUCCAACGCAAAUUUUCUAAAGCUGUUCAAACUCAAGCUUUCUGAUGGAAGUUGCCUCCAGAUCCCCCGCUAUAUGAACUGUCACGAUCUCAGUCAGAAGGGACGUGGGAUUCUACGAGCGCCAGGAUGGGUUUACACCUUGAAUCACGCUCUGACAGACGAUAACCAGGAUGAAACAGAAAUCUUCCCUCGGAUUUCCGAUGAAUUUACCAGCGAGACCGUCCGUCCUUCCCACUUCAACUAUAUGACGAUCGAUAGCAUUAACAAACUCGUCGACAAGAAAACCGCCGACGUAAUCGAAUCGCUUAUCGGAGCAUACCUGGUGACUGGCGGGGAGAAAAUGGCUGCUCGAUUUGUCUGGAUGCUGAAUCAGCUCUACAUGGAUACACUCAUUAGUAACCCUGAAUACUUGGAAGGAAUUCGCAGGAAGCGAACUGUACAGGGCGAUUGCCUCAUCACCCACCCUCCAGAAUUCUGGCCAGAAAAUGCCUACGAAGCUAGAGCCGCAUUUGGGGAAGAUCACAUGACUUACAAAUCUGAACUAGUGGAGCCCGAUUCAAAGACAGAUAAAAUCAUCAAGGACCUUCAGAAUGAGCUUCAGUAUGAAUUCAUUUCACCUCAUCUUUGCAGACUCGCGCUUGCGAAAAAGAAGUUCACAAAAGAUCCCAAAGACAAUUAUGAGCGGCUUGAAUUCCUUGGUGAUGCGAUUUUGGAUUAUUUGGUCGUUGAUGAGCUCUUCAAUCGAAGGUCGGCUUCACUCGAUUCUGGAGAGCUUACCGAUUUGAAGCAAGCAAUCACUUCGAAUAACCUUUUUGGAUCGUUGGCGUUUUGCAUGGGAUUACCACAAUCGACGUUGAUGAAAGCGAGCGCCGCGAAGGAUCACAUCUCUGCGAUGCACAAACUCGAAGAGUUCAAGAAUCUGCUCAACAAGCAGGAACGAGGCGUUCCCUUGAAUCCUGACUUGCAGCGUGUUCUCAACGUUAUGGAAUGGACUGAUAAGACCGUAAACCGAGCGAAGGAGUAUUCUUGCCCUUAUCUUCUCGACAUUCCCAAAUGGUUUGGUGACGUAUUCGAAUCUAUGUUCGGCGCCGUCUGGCUGGAUUGCAAUCAAUGCCUCCCUCAAAUAUGGGAUAUCUACAAGUCCAAGAUCAUCCCCAUCAUGGGCAUUGAAGGGAACAAGCCAUACAAUCCUGAGUUCAUAAACAAGCUCAAUCCAAGAAGAGAGAUCGCAAAGCGACUUUACUCCGAAACAGCCGGCACCGGAAAAACAGAGAAACUCAAUUCACGGGACAAAAUCCGCGAGUUUUUGAAGUCGCAUAGAAUGGAAGAGCAUACUGAAGACUGCCUUAGAUUCACUGGAUAUUACUUCUGUGUAAGUCAAUAG